AUGGCUGCUUCUCACGGGGACCUGUCCCACCUGCUACCAGGCAAUUACAAGCGCCUGAUCACAAACUGGCUCGAGGAGGACUGUCCCAGCCUGGACUAUGGCGGCUUCGUCGUCGGCGAGUCUGACGGCGAGGCCCGACUGCUCGGCAAGAGCCAGGGUGUCAUCGCUGGCGUCCCCUUCUUCAACGAGGUGUUCUCCCAACUCGGCUGCUCUAUCGAAUGGCACAUUAAAGAAGGCACUCUUCUCCCCGCCAACACGAUAACCCACUGCGCCACCGUCCGCGGGCCAGUCCGCAAAAUCCUCCUCGGCGAACGCGUCGCCCUGAACAUUCUCGCCCGCUGCUCCGGCAUCGCCUCCAAAUCUGCCUCCAUGCUAGCUGCCCUCCGCGCUCAGGGCUGGACCGGCACCCUCGCUGGUACUCGCAAGACCACGCCUGGCUUCCGCGUGGUCGAGAAGUACGGCAUCCUGGUUGGCGGCGCGGACCCCCACCGCCACGACCUGAGCCACAUGACCAUGCUCAAGGAUAACCAUGUCUGGGCGUGUGCCAAUAACGGCGCUGCAGCUGGCGGCAAGACGAAUCCCGAGUCUAUUGCGGCGGCUAUUCCGCGCGCGGUGGCUGCGGCGAAGGCGGCGGGUGGCUUUGCGACGAAGGUUGAGGUGGAGGUGAGGAGUGUGGAGGAAGCGGAUGCGGCGAUUGGGGCUGGGGCGGAUGUGGUCAUGUUGGAUAACUUCACGCCCGAGGGUGUGCGCGAGGCGGCGAGGUCGUUGAAGGAGAGGUGGGCCGGGAAGGGCCGCUCUUUCUUGGUAGAGGUUAGUGGCGGGUUGACGGAGGAGAAUGCCGCGGCGUAUGCGUGCCCGGAUGUGGAUAUUCUGUCGACGAGCUCAAUCCACCAGGGGACGGGCAUUGUGGACUUCUCGCUCAAGGUCUCGCUGCGGUAG